GUCCGGCGAGUGGUGACGCGGCCGCUCUGUGCUGGCGGUGAGGUAGUGUCACUGGCCGUGGGUCACGUGAUCCGUGAGAUGUCGCUCCGAUGAGAUGGCGUCCACCGACCAACUUCAGUUCCAAGAGUUUGAUGAGGCGGCGGACCUCCUUGCUGCCACUCCGAAUGCCACCACAAGGAGUGUGACCGAGGAAGGACAGCCCCAGCAUGCCACUCUACAGAUGGGCGGUGACAGCGAGGGGGAAGAGGGCGAGACGGAUCAGACUGAGCUCCUCGCUCCUCAGAAGAAACCCUCUGGCUUCUGGACCUUCCAGUACUACCAGGACCUCUUUGAUGUAGACACCUCCCAGGUGCUGGACAGGAUCAGAGCUUCCUUCAUACCGAUGCCUGGAAAGAACUUUGUCAGACAUCACCUCCGAAACAAUCCAGAUCUGUACGGACCUUUCUGGAUUUGUGCCACGCUGGUGAUCACUGUCACAGUCGUGGGGAACCUGGCGACCUUUAUUCAGCUGCACGGCCGGGCGGACUACAAUUACAGCCCACAGUUCCACAAAGUUACAGUCGCGGGCAUCGUCAUUUACAGCUAUGCCUGGCUGGUACCUUUAGCCCUGUGGGGCUUUCUUCAGUGGAGGAAAGGGGCGAGCUCCGCAGCAGGCAGCUACAGUUUUAUGGAGACUGUUUGUGUCUAUGGAUACUCCUUGUCCGCAUACAUUCCUUCCACGGUCCUGUGUGUGAUUCCUAACGAGAUCUUCCGCUGGAUCAUCCUCCUGCUGGCCAUGUGUCUCUCCGGCUUCGUCCUUGUCCUGGCCUUCUGGCCACACGUUCGACGAGAUAACAAAAUGGUGGCUAUUGGCCUGCUAGCAAGCAUCGUCCUGCUGCACGUGCUCCUGGCUGUGGGCUGCAAGGAAUAUUUCUUCUGGAGAGUGGAAGAAGACCAUGGACUACCACCUACCAUCCCUACAACUACAAAGCUCCAGAAAAUCUCCACACACAAGGCGUGAUCUGCCUGAAGGCAGGGACUGGGUGAUCCUGGCCUGUUGUAAGGUCAACGAUGCUAUGCCCGGGAGGACUGGCACGGUUCUCCUCUGGUUAUUGAUAGAGAUUAUUCCCGGGUGGAGUUAAUUAUUAUUCUCGUAAUAAAGAGCUAUUCUUUUUCUCUUGUA